GCCGACCGCACGUCACGGCGGCGCAGAGCGCGGCGGCGGGCGGGCAGGGGCGCACGGGGGGGAGCGCCAGCCCCACGCAGGAGGGGUGCCGGGGGGUCCGGGUGGGCGAGGGGAGCGCGGGAGGAUGCUCCUGGCUGGAGGAUGGAGGAGGCGGUGGUGAAGCAGGGCGCGCUCUACCUGCAGCAGCAGCAGACGUUCGGGAAGAAAUGGAAGAAAUUCUGGGGCGUUUUAUACCGGGAAAGCUCCUGCUCCACCGCCCGCCUGGAGCUCUUCGAGGGCUCGGCGCCGCCGGCGGGUGACAAGCUGCGGAGGAGCGAGGGCAGCAGGCGGCUGGUGAAGCUGAGGGACUGCGUGCACGUGGCGGAGGCGAGCGGCGAUGCCGGCUGCCCCAAGGACACCGUCCCCUUCCUGCUGGAGACCACCGACAAGCGUUACCUGCUGGCUGCUGAGAGCUCCGAGACGGCCGGCUGGGUGCUGAGGCUCUGCGAGCUCGCCUUCCCGAGGAGCAGGGAGGAGCAGGCAGCGGGGAAGGACGGGCAGCAGGGCUCGCUGGGCGCCGACGGCGAGUUCUCCAUGGAGGAAAACUCCCUGUACAGCUCCCGGGACAAAGCUGGCUUGGAGAAGGAGUUCGAGGUGACGGUGCGGGCCACCGAGUCCGCUGAGCGCUGCCGCCUCUGGGGCCGGUUCGUCCUGCGAGCGGGCGAGGAAGCCCUGGAGCUGCGGGAUUUCCAGACCAGGGACAUCCUCUACAGCUGGCCCUACCGCUUCCUGCGGCGCUUUGGCCGGGACAAGGUGACCUUCUCCUUCGAGGCCGGCCGCCGGUGCGCCUCCGGCGAGGGCAACUUCGAGUUUGAGACCCGGCAAGGCAACGAGAUCUUCCAGGUGAUCGAGUCGGCCAUCGAGGCGCAGCGGGGCCGGGGCACCGAGGAGCCGCGAUGGGGCGGCCCUGGGGACGAUGGCCCGCGGCCACGCGCCCAGGGCAAGGUGCCCAACUGGACGCAGGGCCACGAGGAGCCCGGCAGCGAGCCCCACGGUGGCGGUGGCACCGCCAAGUGCCUCUACACCGAGCCCUGCAGCUCCCUCUACCGCGCUGCCCCCUCGGGCACCGGCAAGGCACCGGAGAAGGGCAGGAGGCAGGAUGCUCCGGCCAAAGCGGUGGCCGAAUCCGAAUACGCCGUGCCCUUCGACACCAUCGCCAAGUCCCUGAUGGGCAGGCAGCUCGGCGGCCUCCUCCGCGGCCCCGAGGAGGCUCCGGACCCACUCUACGACAGCAUCCACGAGGCGGGCGCGCAGCCCCCGCUGCCCCGCACCUCCGCCCCCAAACCCGAGCACAUCUACGACGAGCCCGAGGGUCUGUGCGCCCACACCGUCUACGACGAGCCCGAGGAGGUGAAGGGGGAGGCGUGGAGGCUGCAGGCGGCCCCGGAGGAGCCCUCGGGCCACGAGUACCCCUACAACCCGCAGCGGGACGACUACGCCGUGCCCAAGCGAGCCGUCCCGCUCCGGCAACCCUUCGUGGCGCAGGGCAAGGAGUGGCUCGGGGACACCGAGUACGACAACGUGGUCCUCAAGUUUACCAAGAAAAGGAACCUGCAGUGAGGGGGGCAGAGCCGGGGCAGGGGUUAGGGGGGGCCGGGGGAGCCCCCCACCGAUAGCCGUGCGCAUCUGGCCAGCUGCGGCCGGGAGGAGCCCGCUGGAGGGCAGUGUCCGCCCGUGGUACGGGCA